AUGAGCGAAUUAAAAAAAAUUGAUGAUGAUUAUUAUUUCAGAUUGAAUGACAUUUUUAGCAUCUGGUUAAUGAAAAAGCAAAACGCUCACUUCAAGGAUCUUUCAUACAAAGACGGCAAGAAGAAAUUUAAAAAUUUUGUAAAAGGUACAAUAAUCAAAAACUCGAUCCAUUAUAUUAUGAACACAAUAAAUUGA